ACAUUCAAACGUGGUGGCGGCACAUAACGGGUUCCCUGAGGGCGGGGGCCGGUAGAUCUCGAUCUGGGUCCCGGUGCCGAUUCCGUCCRGCGCACUGAAAAUAAGGCUGACCGAGAACUGGAACAAGAUGGCAUCUGUACUUGAAAAUGUCAAAGCAACCAUGGCCUGGCGGAAGCACCGGCUCCUAGCUGACUUCGAUGAGAAUGAGAGCCCUGUGCCUGACAAAUUCAAGAGAAGGGCCUCUCUGAGUUCUCUCAAUACCAUUCGCAUGUCUCUAAGGAAAUGGGUACCAUUAAAGCAAGUAGAGCUGAAUUUUCAUAAAACCCCAACUAGGGAAAGCCUGGAAUCAAGAAAGAAGUGCCAAACUCUUCAGACUAUUAAAAAAACAGCAAAAUAUGCUUUUGGAACAGUGUCCCAGAAAAUACAGAAAUCUUGCCAAAGCCCAGUACACUCAGUGGCGACUGUUCCAGCUGAAUCCAUCGGCAGAAGCCAUACGRCCAUUUCUAGCAAAAAAAGAAGUACUACACGUCAAACACCUUGCUAUAAGAGUGUUGCUCCAGCAGGCAGUUCCAAAGGCACUCCGAGGUCCAGCAGAAGGGUCUUGCUUGAGCCAACAAGGCUGUCAGAACAUGGAGAAUGGAGGGAUUUCUCAUCCUGGCUUGGUAAAAAUGCCGUCUCUCUCCGGAGAUCAAGAAGAGCAGCAGCACUGAAGAGCCCUUAUUCAUCACCUGCUCCUUCCAGCAGAAAGUUAGAGUUUGACUGCGAGUUGGAACUGGUCUCCUCAGGGAUUUGCCAAUUGAAGCGUAUCUCCCAGGCAUUCGACGAUGCCAUCGUGAAAGAGGAGAGCAACUGGUGUGACAAGCAGUUGAUUAGCUCUACUGACUUCAUGCUGCUAAUGGCAGUCCUGUUCUUCUGCAGGCAACAAGCAAUAUCAAACUACWACUAUCUAAUGGCACAAAACAUACAGUCUGCACAUCGAUCCCUGAAACCGUCCCAAGCRAUCAGAAGGCAAGCAAAGAAACUCCAUCAAACACUUGGUACCUAGUCAGAGAUGGCUGUCUGUUGUUUUCAUGUUUCCAAGUUUAUGUGCACAUAUACAGAAGAGGUCUAUAGAGCACCUGAAAGGAUGCACUCUAUACAAAUGAGCCAUUAAAUUUUGUAUUUUUUUUUUUUUUU